AAAUUGAUCACGAAAGCUCGCAUUUAUACAUAAAAAAGUUAAUUUCUUUACCUCUUCUGAGUUUUGUGAUUCAUAGUAGCUACGAUGGGAAAUAUUGAUCCAUCGAUUGCAGCUCGUGGACGAUUGGCUCUUCUGUCAGCUCACUUAGCUCCCGCUGAAUCCGCUGGGUUCUCAUCCAGUUUGGAAGCUUUGUGUGUUUCUUCUCAAGAUCUCGUGCCUUCGCCGGGGAAUCUAAAAGGUACUUUGACCAUCGUCGACGAGAGAACUGGCAAGAAAUACCAAGUUUCGGUUUCUGAAGAAGGAACUGCGAAAUCUGCAGAUUUUAAGAAGAUAACAACCGGAAAGUACGACAAAGGGCUUAAGCUUUAUGAUCCUGGCUAUCUUAAUACUGCUCCAGUCCGGUCAACAAUCUGUUAUAUUGACGGGGAUGAAGGCAUUCUCAGAUACAGAGGUUAUCCGAUUGAAGAGUUGGCUGAGCAUAGCUCGUAUAUGGAAGUGGCCUAUUUGUUGAUGUAUGGAAAUUUGCCCUGUCAAAGUCAAUUAGCGGAUUGGGAAUUCGCAGUCUCUCAACAUUCAGCUGUUCCUCAGGGUCUCCUGGAUAUCAUACAGGCAAUGCCUCAUGAUGCACAUCCAAUGGGUGUGCUUGUCAGUGCGAUGAGUGCUCUUUCUGUCUUCCAUCCAGACGCCAAUCCUGCUCUCAGAGGCCAAGAUCUUUAUCAGUCAAAACAAGUGAGAGAUAAGCAAAUAGCACGUAUACUUGGAAAGGUACCCACAAUCGCAGCAGCAGCUUAUUUGAGGCUGGCUGGAAGACCGCCUGUUCUUCCUUCUAGUAACCUUUCUUAUUCAGAAAACUUCUUAUAUAUGUUGGAUUCCUUGGGAAACCGGUCUUACAAACCUAACCCUCGGCUUGCUCGAGUUAUAGAUAUUCUCUUCAUACUGCAUGCAGAACAUGAAAUGAAUUGCUCCACAGCUGCUGCCAGGCAUCUGGCAUCUAGUGGUGUGGAUGUCUACACUGCUCUUGCUGGAGCUGUUGGGGCAUUGUAUGGUCCUCUUCAUGGUGGAGCAAAUGAGGCUGUUCUAAAGAUGCUGAGCGAGAUUGGAACAGUUGAGAAUAUUCCUGAGUUCAUUGAAGGUGUGAAAAACAGGAAGCGAAAGAUGUCUGGUUUUGGGCAUCGUGUAUACAAAAACUAUGAUCCCCGUGCAAAGGUUAUACGGAAGCUGGCAGAGGAAGUCUUUUCCAUUGUUGGGCGGGAUCCUCUUAUCGAGGUGGCUGUUGCAUUGGAGAAGGCUGCUCUGUCGGAUGAAUACUUUGUUAAGAGGAAGCUUUAUCCAAAUGUUGAUUUCUAUUCUGGAUUAAUUUAUAGAGCUAUGGGAUUUCCAACGGAAUUCUUCCCUGUUUUGUUUGCAAUCCCUCGCAUGGCUGGCUACUUAUCUCAUUGGCGUGAGUCUCUGGAUGAUCCUGAUACGAAGAUCAUGAGGCCACAACAGGUAUACACCGGGGUAUGGCUACGACAUUAUAUGCCACUUAAAGAGCGUCUGGUUUCAGCUGAUGCUGAUAAACUUGGUCAAGUGUCAGUUUCAAAUGCAACAAAGCGGAGGUUGGCUGGAGCUGGACUUUAGUUAAUCAGAUCUGCAUGAGCAUUUCUCGACAAAAAAAAAGAAAAAAUAAAUAAUUUCACGCCUCCGUGUAGCAAUUUGCAGCAAGAGUACUUGAAAGACAGAAAGGUCCAUGAAAUCUUUGUGGAUCCUGAGUAAUAAAAGUAUCAUGUAAUUUGGAGCAUGAUCUAAAGGCUAUCCUUAAAAUUACAUUGAAAGGAAAUAUGGCUAAUGAUCU